AGUCCUUGCGUUGUCAACAUGGGCUGCUGGGAUUGCACCACCGUCCUGUCGCCUGCUCUGAGGCUAGCAGUUGUUACUGGGAUCCUCCUACUUAAGCUCCAUCCCACACUGGCCGGAGCCCCUCCUGAGCCAAAUUUGGGCAGCUCAGUUUUGGCGGUGUCCACAAAUAAAACUGAAUGCACCAAGGCUGAACAGUGUGAAAGGGGGGUCUUGCUACCUGUUUGGGAGCCCCGGAACCCAUCGUUUGGUGACAAGGUUGCCAGGGCAACAGUUUAUUUUGUGGCUUUGGUUUACAUGUUCCUCGGUGUGUCAAUCAUUGCAGACCGUUUCAUGGCAUCAAUAGAGGUUAUCACAUCACAGGAACGAGAGAUCACCAUCAAGAAACCCAAUGGAGAAACCACCACAACCACUGUUCGGGUCUGGAACGAGACGGUGUCCAAUCUCACCCUCAUGGCUCUGGGCUCCUCGGCUCCUGAAAUCCUUCUGUCUGUCAUAGAAAUUAUAGGUCAUGGGUUUCAGGCUGGCACGAUGGGCCCCUCUACCAUUGUGGGAUCUGCAGCGUUCAACAUGUUUGUCAUCAUCGGGUUAUGUGUGUACGUUGUGCCCGACGGCGAGACGAGGAAAGUGAAGCACCUUCGUGUCUUCUUUGUCACGGCCGCCUGGAGUAUCUUCGCCUACAUUUGGCUCUACCUGAUCCUGUCUGUGAUCUCUCCUGGAGUUGUGCAGGUGUGGGAGGGCCUGCUCACUUUCUUCUUUUUUCCUAUUUGUGUGGUGUUUGCCUGGGUGGCUGACCGCCGCCUGCUGUUUUACAAGUAUGUGUACAAGCGUUACCGCACUGGCAAGCAGCCUCGGAUGAUAAUUGAGACAGAGGGUGAUCGUCCGCUUCCUUCCAAGGUGGACAUUGAGAUGGAUGGGAAGAUGCUGAACUCUCAUGGGGGUGACUUUCUGGAUGGUCCUCUUGGCUUGGAUCUUGAUGAGAAGGAUCUGGAUGAGGAGGAGACUCGCCGAGACAUGGCGAAGAUCCUGAAGGAGCUGAAACAGAAGCACCCUGACAAAGAGGUGGAACAACUCAUCGAGCUUGCCAACUACCAAGUUCUGAGCCAGCAGCAGAAAAGUCGAGCUUUCUAUCGAUGCCAAGCCACCCGGUUGAUGACAGGUGCCGGCAAUAUUCUAAAAAAACACGCUGCCGAUCAGGCACGAAAGGCCGUCAGCAUGCACGAGGUUCGCUCUGAUGCUGGUGAUAACGAUCCCAUCUCCAAGAUCUAUUUUGAGCCUGGUUCUUACCAGUGCCUUGAGAAUUGCGGCACAGUGGCUGUGAAUGUGGCGCGGCGAGGCGGCGACCUGGGCAAAGCUGUUUCUGUGGAGUACAGAACGGAAGACGGCACAGCCAAUGCUGGCUCCGACUACGAGUUCACAGAGGGCGUGGUGGUGUUCAAGCCUGGCGAGACGAUGAAGGAGAUCCGUGUGGGCAUCAUUGAUGACGACAUCUUUGAGGAGGAUGAAAACUUCCUCAUUCACCUUUCUAAUGUCAAGGUGUUGACGUCAGAAGGUGAAGAGCCAGAGGAAAGUGAAUCGGCUAAUCACGUGGACUCUGUGGCAUGCCUUGGCAUACCCUCCACAGCAACCAUUACCAUAUUUGAUGAUGACCACGCUGGUAUCUUUACAUUUGAGGAGCCUGUUCUCCAUGUCAGUGAGAGCAUUGGUACAAUGGAGGUGAAGGUGCUGAGAACAUCCGGGGCUCGAGGUGUGGUCAUGGUGCCAUACAAAACGGUUGAAGGAACAGCCCGUGGUGGGGGAGAAGACUUCGAAGACACUCAUGGCGUCCUGGAAUUUCAAAAUGAUGAAAUCUUUAAAACCAUCAAAGUGAAAAUAAUUGACGACGAGGAGUACGAGAAGAACAAAACCUUCUACAUUGAGAUCGGGGAUCCUCACCUGGUUGAGAGCGAUGACGCCAAAGGUCAGGAAGAGGAGGAAGAGCAGAAGGAAAAGGGAGAGGAAGAGGAGCCACUGACGAAAAAGGAUGAAGAGGAGCGGCGCAUAGCAGAAAUGGGCCGCCCCAUGCUGGGUGAUCAUGUCAAACUGGAGGUCAUUAUUGAGGAAUCGUAUGAGUUCAAGAACACAGUGGACAAGCUCAUAAAGAAGACCAACCUGGCUCUGUUGGUAGGAACCAACAGCUGGAGAGACCAGUUCAUAGAAGCCAUCACUGUGAGCGCGGGCGAAGAUGAUGACGACGAGGAGUGCGGUGAGGAGAAGCUGCCCUCGUGCUUUGACUAUGUCAUGCACUUCCUCACGGUCUUCUGGAAGGUUCUGUUCGCCUUCGUCCCACCCACCGAUUAUUGGAACGGCUGGGCCUGCUUCGUCGUCUCAAUCUGUAUGAUCGGGCUCCUUACUGCCGUCAUCGGAGAUCUGGCUUCUCAUUUUGGCUGCACGGUGGGCCUGAAAGACUCCGUCACAGCAGUUGUAUUUGUUGCACUGGGAACUUCUGUGCCAGAUACAUUUGCCAGUAAGGUAGCUGCUAUCCAAGAUCAGUAUGCAGAUGCAUCCAUUGGUAAUGUGACAGGCUCCAAUGCUGUCAAUGUUUUCCUGGGCAUCGGGGUGGCAUGGUCCAUUGCUGCCAUCUACCACAACAGCAAGGGGGAGGACUUUAAAGUUGAUCCAGGCACUCUGGCUUUCUCUGUCACUCUCUUUACCAUAUUUGCCUUUAUUUCUGUUGCCACUCUGAUGUACCGACGGCGACCAGAUAUUGGUGGAGAGCUUGGCGGGCCCCGGACUGCGAAGGUCCUGACCACCAUGCUGUUCAUCAGCCUGUGGCUCCUCUACAUUCUCUUUUCAUCACUGGAGGCCUAUUGCCACAUCCAAGGCUUUUAAGAUAAUAGCAAAUGACAAAGGAAAGGAUGGGAAAGGACGACAACAGGAUGGAAGAAAUGGGGAGAAGUGAAUUAUUGAAUGGUUUCGCAUAAGGCUGUUUUGCUGACCUAUUAACUCCUUCCCCUUUGUGCAAUACAUUAAAUGACAAAUGAAUGAAUGGAUAUGGAUAUACAGAUGAAAGACAUUUAAAUGCAUUAAAGCAUCUAAAAAUAAAAUGGAAUGAAGCACAGAUACAUGGAAGGACAAACGUGAGAGUGAUAGCAGCUAGAUAAGGUACUCAAAAGAUAAAAAAUGUGAGGGGAAAAGAAGUAAAGUUGUAUUUUUUUUUUUUGUUUGUUUCAUACCACAAAUGCAGAUUCAUGAGGUUGUCUUAAACCAAUUCAUGUUUUGACUACAUACUACAUAUCUCUAGAAUUGUAAACGCUCAUACAUGGUAAUAAACAUACAUCUUUUUUUCAGGUAGAUCAAUGAGGCAAUGAGGUUAGAGCUCAAAAACUGGAGGUGUGCUUAAACAAGAGCAAUCACUUAUUUCAGUUGGAGCAAGCAGUCUCAUAUCCAGAUACAGAAAUAUCAUUAUCUACAUGCAUGACCAGACAAUACUGAAAACACAAUCGGAAGGAUUCAUUGCCACAUCUGUUUACUGACAACAAACUGCGUUUGCUGGCAUGUGACGAUGUGUUUGUGCUUGUGUGCCGUGGGAAGAUGGCGAAAUACUGUGAAAAAAAGC